AUGCAGAUUGCUGGCCCGUCGCACAUGGCUGAGCAGCACGUGGCGCAACGAACUGGCCCCAACCUGGGUCUUACAGGAUUCGUAUUUGUAGUCGUAGUGAACGUGGCUUUGACGGACCCGUAUGCAUGGGGCCAGAAUCGAUCACUUCUGCUGGAUAGAGAUGUGCUGAUUCUAGGUUGGGACAGUAGUGAUGGUGCCCAUAUUUACAUGCUAUCACGCAUGUCGCCAUACUAUCUGUGA